AUGGGUGUGUUGAGAGCUUUUUUCCCGCAUGUGGUCAGCAGGGAACAACAGGGCUGGCUGGGGGAUCCUUUUGCUCCGGGUUACCCCUUUCGCUUACUAGUAGUCCGUACUUCGCCAUACGAGAGGGGUCUGACAUUCCUCCUUUCAAAGCCCGAAGGAAGUAGACUCUCAAGCGGUGGCUUCAAUGAACUUCGUCCUGACUUCCCAUUUCCUCUUUUCUUGACAUCAUAUGAAGUCUUAGACUGCAUGAUCUCCAUCAUUGCAUACGGGCGUCUGCUCUUCUGGCCCGUUUCUGAAUUUAACUGCAGGGUUGAGCUUGGAGCCUGGAGUAUGCUCGCCGCAUUUCUACCAAGUACCGGCAGGGCCUGGUCAGCCUCGCAGCGAGUGGGAGCGAUACGAGCCUCCAGACGCGAGCGCCACCAUAAGCACGAUUAUCGAAGCCAGGUCCAGACACCGCAUUCCUUUUGCCACGAUCUCGAUGUCUUUUUACGCCUCUCAGUACCAAGCGCGUGGAAUUGGGAAAGUGGCGGAAACGACUGA